AUGGAGGACGACGACUCACAUCAGCAAAACGAGAUUGGCACACCGAACCUCGGUUCCAGUGGACGCUCCAGCAGGGCUCGAACUAAAGUAUCCUACGUUCCGCAGUACCUUGACGACGUGUCGGACCAAGAACUGGGUCUCACAGCCGAAGACGAGGAUGAGGACGAGUACGUAUCAGAUAAUUACAAUGCUCCCACAACAGACGAAGAAGAAGAAAGCGAAGCGGACAUUGAGCCUGCAUCUGCUGAUGAGGAAGCCUCGGGCACGAGUGACGCUGAAUCGUUGGACCUUUUGUCGGAUGAAGAUGUUAGCCUUGUUGAGGCCGACCAAGCGAGGGCGAACCCGCGCAAAAAGAUCAAGACUGGAGAACCAUCUCGGACUGGAAAAGGCAUCGAUCUCAGUCUCCCGCCUCUGGCCAGCAUUCAAGAGUGCAUGUCUGACAUGACUGCCAAAGCCGUGCAACUUGGCCUCUGUAAGGCCUUGGAGAGCUUGGAAGGCCGACCGAUCAGGGUCGCUACGAUGUGCUCUGGCACUGAAUCUCCUUUAUUAGCCCUGGAUGAGAUCUCGAAAGCACUGGAAACGAUGGGGAGAUCUCCGAUCCACAUUCAGCAAGAGUUCUCUGCCGAAGUCGAGGUCUUCAAGCAAGGAUACAUUGAAAGAAACUUCGCCCCACAGAAGCUGUUUCGAGACGUCCGUGACUUCCUUCGCGAGGACGUUACUACAGCGGUAACAGCUUACGGCGCAGAAAAGGACAUUCCCACGAAUAUCGACAUCCUUAUUGCCGGUUUCGUGUGCAAAGAUCUCUCCCGGAUGAGCAACAAGGGAAAGACUAUCGACGACGAUGGCGAAUCUGGCGAUACAUGGCGAGCGAUCUACACCUAUGCGGAUCGCUUUCGUCCCACCCUAGUACUGUUGGAGAAUGUAAAAAACAAGAAGAAGACCUGGGAUGAUGUUGUAGAACGAUGGGCAGAGAUCGGUUACGAAGCUCAAUGGACCUACUGCGACACAAAGAACUUCUAUCUACCCCAGACAAGAGAAAGGAUGUACAUGAUCGCGAUAGAGCGUUCACACUUCGGUAAACAUGCGAAGAGCGCGACAAGCGAGUGGAGUGAAUUGAUGCACAAACUGGAGAGACAGUGCAGCAGCCCUUACGAAGCUUUCCUUCCGGAGUCGCUGAAAGAGUCGAGCGGCUACGGCAUCUUGAAGAACGAGCCGGACUGGGCUCUGUGUAAACUCCGCAACGACCACAUUCGAUCUGAGAAGAGACUGGGGAUACUCAGCCCCGUCAGCCGACGAAGCAACAGUGGCACGGUCGUGCCUCCCGAUUUCGCAGAUCGGAAAUUUUACAGCUCGCAGUCCUCGAGAGUGCAUGAUGCCAUUGACAUUGCCCACCUAGAAUUUGCUGCCCUCAAAGGCUGUGACUCACUUUACAAGAUGGCGCUCUGGGAUGUAAGUCAAAACGUCGAUCGAUUCAAAGCUGACUUAGGUAUCGCGCCAUGCCUGACACCAAGUGGCCUAGACUUCGCGAGCAAUCGACAACAUGCUCUCAACGGUAGCCAACUCUUGAUCCUUCAGGGGAUGCCCCUUGAUAGACUACUAUUCGCCAACGAAACACAGAAGGACCUACAGAACCUGGCUGGUAAUGCCAUGUCAACUACAGUGAUCGGGGCUUCUCUCAUCUCUGCUCUUAUCGCCGGAUCUAGAGCAUUUCGCUUCACCAACGUAUCAACACCUAACAUGACACAAGUUUCGCCGCUCACUAGCAAGAUGAUCGCUCAGCCGGACAUUCUUGAUCAUACCAUCCUGGAACCAAGCAUGUACGAAGAUCUCGAUCUGGCCGCGCUCAAACACGAAGCAAAGUUCAGUGCGCGUAUGUGCAACUGCGAAGGCAAACAGAUUAUCAGCAAGACCGCGAUUCACAUCUGCUCGGCAUGUGGACAUUCAGCUUGCGCCUGCUGCGCCGGCAACCCUAAGCACGUCUAUAAGGAAAUAAUAUUGACACAAGCGCGAAAGCUGCCACCCGACGACUUUAUCAGACGCUGGAGGCCUAAGUUGCCUCCACGGUUGAAGUUCAAGGCCUUCCCAAAUAUACAUCGUCUCGCUUCCAAAUUGGGCGCAGAAGAUGCAAUUUUGGGUCAAUAUCUGACUACAGUGUCGGAAGCGCAUUUGGACUCCCAGUAUUUCUGCAUCGACGAGUUUUCCAGGGAGUACAAAGAGUGGAAGAUCACUUACAGCUCGCCUCGGGCCGCAAUCGAGCUGAAAGUCGGCUCUGACAUUCAAUGGUCACUUUUCCUCAGAAGCCCACCAGACCUCCCUGGCAAUAGUCCCUUGCGCGACUUCCUCCGCAAUCCGAUCGCACAAAGCAGUGUUGUAGACACUCUUUUUAGUGUUGAGUGGAAAGUACGCAUGCCCAGCAUCAGCAAUCAUACUCUUCACGUGAGCGGCUCGAUCGAGAAGGUCGGCUCAUGGCGGAGUCGGCUCGGUCUUGUGGACUUUAAAGAAGAGACUGUACCAAGGACGAUCAAGAUCCGGGGCGAUGAUCCAGAGCUGGCGGCCGUCACCGGCGAUUACGAGCAUCAACCGCAUUGUGGAACUGCGUCGACUAGCCUCUACAAAAGGUCGACGGAGGUGGAUAGCAUGUACUUGUUUCUCGAUCCUAACCCUAUCGGUCGAUCAGAUCAUGACAGCUUCGUCUUUAGCCAGGACCAUACCCGCAAGCAUUAUGGAGACAGCCGUAUCACUCUAGCUCGUGUGCAUCCAUCUUGGCGGCCCUCAGAUGUAGAGGACGGACGUGUGCAAACCAUGUUCGUCACAAUUCCUGACGUGCAUGCUCCUGCUGUAAUGACGCUUGCACCAGCAAGUGUUCCUCUGAACGUAGGCUUUCUUGAUGAAGGACGCAUGAUUGACAAUGCCUUGCCAGAUUGCUCCCAGGCGCUCACUUGCCUAGAUGUCAUUCUUCAAAACGAGGUUCCAGUCCGAACUUUCGCAGACUAUUCCUGGGCUCUAGAGAGCGCCAAGACGCUACCGGCAUGCUCAUCCUGGCAGCCAGUGCAUUCAAAUUGGUCUGGAAAAUGUUCUUGUGCACCACUCUAUCCGGAGAUCCGCUGGAGCAUCAACGAAAGAGGCGUAGCGACCGCACAUGAGGACCGUCAAGCUGCCGCCACGUUCGAGCGCGCCAUAAAGCAGCGUCCUGAAAUAGUCUUAUUGGAAACUUCUAGAGAUCCGUCAGGGACACGAAUUCGGGUCGGUGUCAAUAUCCUGUCGUUGACGCACCGCGCUCAAGGGAGAUUCCCAAAGAGCGUCUAUACGACUGCUUCCUGGAGGCUGACAACGGAUCAUGUUCAUCUACCGUCACAGCCCUUUCCGAAGUUUCAACUGCAAAGCAACGCGAACGACGUUGAAGAUUCCGUAACAGCGCCGCCAGAGUACCUACGAGGUGCGCAGAUGAGGUCUGUGUCAUGGAUGACAAAGCAAGAGCUAGGCAAAAUGAUAAAGAUCACGGAGACAGAAGAGUCAGUGCACUCAAGUCUAGGAUGGAGAGCAGAGGUUCUGGCAGAGACAGAGCAAGUUGUUCGCGGUGGUGUGCUCGCCGAUCACCCGUCCUUCGGGAAGACUGUCACGAGUAUUGGGCUCAUUCAAAGCGAAUUCGAACAGUGCACAAUGGAGGCGCUCAUUCAGCACAACCGAUCCCUGGCAUCUGAGCAGCCUCAGCUUCUGGAUUCAGCUGCAACUUUGAUCGUUUCUCCUCCCCACAUCACGGAACAGUGGAACACAGAGCUCGAGAAGUUUUUAGGCUCAAGGAGAUAUGUGAAUUACAAGAUUCUCGUCGUGGAGAGCUAUAGUCAGUUGAAGAACCUCACUGUCGAGAAACUCCAGCAAAGCAAAGCCAUCAUAAUCUCAUGGACGUUGCUCGCCGAUGAAGCCUAUGUCGCAGACCUAGCUAAGUUCACCGCACUACCCGAGCCUACAAUGACCAGUCGUCGGGCGUUCAGUUGCUGGCUGGAUAGAGCCGUUGGCGAGAUUCCAAAUCAGCUGGCUGUGUACCAGCGUCAUGACUACAAAGACUUCCAACGACUGGCGGAGAAACUUCUGGAUGGACGGCUUCAGCAACCCGAGUUUCAGGCCUCAUUGCCGAUUAGCAUCCGGCAUGGUAGCGCAUAUCUUUCUUUCGAGGCCAUGUCGUCAACUUCAGGUCCAUCGAAAAAAGCCAAAGCGAAGGCGAAAGCAAAGGCCACAUUAGGGCCAGACAACUCGUCGCACUUAGUGCCGCUACUGCACCUAUUCCGGUUCAACAGGAUCAUCGUUGACGAGUAUCAAUAUCUCAAUGAUACAAAGAAGAUCGGAAACAACUUCGUGGCAACGAGCAUUAAACAAGUUGCUGCGCACAAACGCUGGAUAUUGUCUGGAACGCCAGCCUUAUCCAACUUCUCCGAUGUCAAUCAGCUGGCAUCGUUCCUUGGAAUCAAACUUGGUCGGCACUUCUGUGAAGACGGCACGGUCACGACAUCAGCAGAGAAGAUGUCGAGGCUUGACCAGACCGACGUUGAAAGUUUCUUGUCACAAACAGAAGUUAUGUCUAGACAGUGGCAUGGGGCGAGACAUGAACGGGCGCAAGACUUCCUCAAUGACUUCGUGAGACAAAAUGAGCCUGAGCUUCAGCACAUCGCCCGCUCCGAGAAGCUUUUAUCGGUAGAUUUAAAUGCUGCCCACCACGUUGUCUACUUGGAGCUCACUCAACACCUCAUCUCCCAGAAGAUGCAGAUCAAAAAGCUCAACAAAAAGUCUGGCUCGGAUAGGAGUAGUAGGCUGAACGAUAGUCUAGAAAAAUCCGCAAGUGCCGAAGAAGCGCUACUCAGGAGUGCAUUGCUCUUUGAGACUGAGGAAGGCAAAUCUGCGCUCGAAUCCUUGACUGAGAAAAGGUCGCAACAACUACACAGCACGAAGAAAGAGCUGUUGAAAAUGCUGUCAGCAUUCGAGGGCUUAAUGAAGAAGUCUAAGAACAACGAGCCGACCAUCGAAGACCUGUAUGGCCAUUUCCAGAAGGAUAUAUCACGGUCAAAUUGGCUCGGAGAUGAUGAGUCCAGUCAGAUUGUUCGCGGCUUGAUCAAACAAGCGCAAAAAACACCAAAAUCCGGGCUAGCUGAUGACCCAGACCUGUCUAAAGAUCAGCGCGAGCGACUGAUCAAGCAAGAACUAUCACAGCUUCGAGAUACUUCUCUCGAGUUAGCGCAUCGAGCAAGGUCGAGACGCUUCGUCGUUUCUAUCCGCGAACAUUCAGUGCUUGCAAAGCGCGACGAAGAACCCAUUCGUUGCAGUUCGCCGGACUGCAAUGGCAUAGCUGACAUCCAAUUGCUCUUCAUGAUACCGCACUGCGGGCAUACUGCAUGCAAAGAGUGUCUCGGAUCACGAACUGACGACGAGGCCUGCAUCCACACUGGCUGCAACUCUCAUGCGAACGAGAGUAGCCUGAUCCGAAUGGCUGAUCUAGGCUCCGGCAAAGACCAGAUUGAGGGACAAGACUUCGGCAAUAAGCUUCAGGCCAUCGCUCAGCUCGUUCUAGCCAGUCCAGACGAAGAUCAAGGCAUCGUGUUCGCGCCAAACGAAGAGAUCAUCAGUAUCUUGGAAAACGUGUUUGACCGCUAUGAGAUCGCCUACCACUCUCCGGGCCGAAGUGGACAUAAGGCAUCAGCAGCAAAGCUUAUGGAGGACUUCAAGACGAACAUCAAUGUGAAGAAGAGGAAAAAACUGAUCAUACUCAAUCUGGGAAGCGAGUCUGCCGCUGGCGUCAAUCUCACAGUGGCCAACCACAUCAUAUUCGUUUCACCCUUCUUGGCAAAGACGCAGUAUAACUACGACUCAGCCAUGGCACAAGCUAUCGCACGAUGUCGUCGUUAUGGCCAGCAGAAGAAGGUUCACAUCUACCAUGUCAUCGCAAAGCGUACGAUCGACGUGGAUAUCCUCGAACAUAGGCAUAGACGCAGCGACGCGAUCACCACCACGGCCGCCGCGGUCAAACUACCAGAACCAUCGUCUACAAAGAAAGAAAGGACCAAGCUAGUCAAGAACAGCACGGGCGAGAUAAUAUUGGCACCACUUAGCUGGCUAGCAGAUGAAGCCAAGCGAAGAACGAUGGAGGUUGAGGAGACAACGGAGCAGUUCACCUCCCUGAUUAACUUUUCCGAGACGUUCGAGCAGGAGGACGACGAGUCUUGA